CAUGCGGGUCGGCACUUCCGGCGCAGCGGGGAGGGGCCGCGAGCGAGGAACUGCUCGCUGCUCCGGAGUGCUUUCCAGGAGCUCCCGGGUUCCACGGGCGGCGAUUCCCGCGUGGCCGGUGGGAUUCUCUCGCUGAGUCCUUAAUAGUCUGUCCCCGACCCUCCACCCCACCUCCGCCUGCACCGCUGGGGAGUUUCGGGUUAAGUAGUUUUCCCUGCAGGUCCUGUGCUGUUAAGCCCCAGGAGCCCAAACUUUGUUUUGUUUUGUUUUGUUUGGAUUUGUUUUUUGCUUUUGUUUGUUUGUUUGUUUUUCGAGACAGGGUCUCUCUGUGUAGCCCUGGCUGUCCUGGAACUCACUCUGUAGACCAGGCUGGCCUCGAACUCAGAAAUCCGCCUGCCUCUGCCUCCGAGUGCUGGGAUUACAGACGUGCGCCACCACCGCCCGGCGAGCCCAAACUUUAAAAUAAAGAGAAAACGAUGAAGAAGUUGAAGCUUAAGGAACUAGAGAGUCGCCUGCAAGAAGUGGAUGGAUUCGAAACGCCCAAGUUACUUCUAGAACAGUAUCCCACCAGGCCGCACAUUGCAGCAUGCAUGCUUUAUACAAUCCAUAAUACAUAUGAUGACAUUGAAAAUAAAGCAGUUGCAGAUCUAGGAUGUGGUUGUGGAGUGCUUAGCAUCGGAGCUGCAAUGUUAGGAGCAGGGUUGUGUGUUGGAUUUGACAUAGAUGAAGAUGCACUGGAAAUAUUUAAUAAGAAUGUGGAAGAGUUUGAGUUAACAAAUGUUGAUAUGGUACAGUGUGACGUGUGCUCAUUAUCUAACAGAAUGUCCAAGUCAUUUGAUACAGUAAUUAUGAAUCCUCCCUUUGGGACCAAAAAUAAUAAAGGGACAGAUAUGGCUUUUUUGAAGACUGCUUUGGGAAUGUCAAGAACAGCAGUGUAUUCGUUACACAAGUCCUCGACUAGAGAACAUAUUCAAAAGAAAGCUGCCGAAUGGAAAGUCAAGAUAGAAAUUAUUGCAGCGCUUCGAUAUGACCUACCAGCAUUAUACAACUUUCAUAAAAAGAAAUCUGUGGACAUUGAAGUGGACCUAAUUCGCUUUUCUUUUUAAAAGCUUCUGAAGACAAAAAGCAGCUUAAAAUCUAACUAAGGAAUAAAAACACUGCUUACUAAAUAAA